CAAAAGUCUCGAUCAAAAUAUGUGGACCCAAUGGUCAGAUGGAGCGCUUUUUAUGUUUAUGUUAAAAAGGCUACACAGUCAUUUAGAUGAAAACAAGAUUCCUUAUUAUUGGGAUUCUAGAUGCAAUUUGUUGGAUGCUUUAGGAUAUGCCGUUAAUAAUAUGAAAUACAAGAUUCAACGAAUAAUAAAAGAAAUUGACAAUUCAUUAGAUAAUCCAGAAGUUCUGGCUAAAUAUUUGUUAACUGCAGAUGAAUUUGCGGACUUCAGGAGAAGAUAUGGUUCUAUCGAAGAAGGGUUUGAAUCAUUGUCCAUUGAUUCUGCCCCACCAGUUAGUGAUUUACGUGGCGAUUCUAGGUGUUGCAUAUUAUAAAUGU